AUGCUCACUCUUCUCGGUGCCGUCAGCUACUUCCUUGGUAGACCUAGCGUUACCGAAGUCCCUCGUGAUUCUGUGUGGUGUGAAAUCUUCCCUCCCCCUACGGAAAAGCUAGAGGAACCCCAGACGCGCAGUGAAGCCUUCUGUGCUGUUAUACUGGGGGGAGAGGAAGGUCGUCCCGAACGGCUACUCUUACAUGAGAUUGAAUACAAUGAGAAGGCCGAACCGGUUACCCGCAGUACUAAGAACUGUAUAGUAACUCAAGAGGGUCUCGAUCGCGAUUGCUUACCAGACUCUGUGAAAAGAGGAAAAGAAAACAAGCUCAAUUUCGAAUUCAAACAGGGCAGCACUCCGGACGAAAGUAGAGAAAUUGUGGUAGGAAAGAAGACAUAUAUUCUCAAGUUGCUGAGACCGUUGAACGACGAGGAGCAGCCGUGGGAUGAGCGUCAGGGACGUAUGACUCACAUCCCUCUGGUCUACUCGAGUACCGAGCCCGCCAUCUCCCUGUUCAAGCCUGAGCGUCAAGAUAAGUGGUAUUCCAAAACUGAUGGUAGAUGGGAAUCCCUACCGAUCAAUGGGAGGGGCGAUGCUCACCAGGAAGCGGACAGAGGAACGGUGGCAUUUGUAGAGGUGGAAACGAGAGCUAAAGACAGAACGAAAACCACAGAGGUGAUCGCUAUCGUGGAGAAUGCGGGAAAAUAUGCAAUUCUUCGACGGGAACGGUUACAGCAUAGCAUUCAUGCCAUCGCGCAGGACUACAAAAGUUUCGCCAGACCUGGCAAAGAGGAACAAGGAGUAGAUGUGAACUCUGAUAACGAUGAGACGGAAAAGAAACAUAACCUAGAUUCUGAAACUCAGACGGAAGAACAGGGCAAGGAGCUCGCGCAGGAGGAGGAAACUCAGACUGUGAAUGACGGUAUAGAUCGUAUUACCGAUUCCCGAACUUGUGUAACCCGAAUGCACCAUAAGAGGAUUCGUCAACCUGUUUCAGAACGUUCGCUCUCUACGGAGGGUUCUCGUCAUAGCAGUGGCGAGUAUUCGGAUUUCGAGUUCCUUGAAGCGGAUGAAAACACUAAGAAGAGAAUAGGUAGAGGGUACGAAUUCAAGAGAAAAAUCGGCAAUUUCCUAAAUAGAAGAAAAAAUUCCCGAGUCAGAUCUGAGAGGAUCAAAGAGCCAUGGCAACAAGAGGGAUCGAAGGCAGUCGACCAGCUAAAGGUUGAACUACGUUUUGCAAUCAAUGCUGAAAGAUGCUUCGGAGAGUUCAAGCUGUUACCCAAGGCCAAGCUGUUACCCAAGGCCAAGCUGUUACCCAAGGCCAAGCUGUUACCCAAGGCCAAGCUGUUACCCAAGGCCAAGCUGUUACCCAAGGCCAAGCUGUUACCCAAGGCCAAGCUGUUACCCAAGGCCAAGCUGUUACCCAAGGCCAAGCUGUUACCCAAGGCCAAGCUCCAUGACAAGGCUGUGAGGGAGUUGAAGGAGAAGAUAGUUGGAGUGGAUCCCUCUGUGGCCAAGUUGGAGCUUCAGCAAGCGGAGUUACUUAGUAAAUUCACUGUAUUGGAGAAUAAAGUCAGCGAAAAUGGUGACGCGGUGAGGAUCGUGAAGACGAGUUGGGAGGGCACUGUGAAGCCCACGGUAGAAGAGCUGAAUGGGAAAGUGAAGGAGUUGACUUCGACGGUGAAUGGUGUAGUGGAAGAUGUUGAACAUGUUAGAAAGGAUAUCAAUCAGAAGUAUGGAGAUUCCCUGUGGUCGGAGAUUCGAAGUGCAGUGGAGCGAGUCAGCAAGAAGGAGUUCAAAGAGGUACCGAGGAUCGAUCCCGGGACCUUUGGAUUACCAGCAAUACGCAGAAGGGCGGCUCUGAGGAAGGUUGGCAAGAUCUUCCAUGAUCAUCAGCGAGCUGCAUUGAGGCGAUGGCGACAGAAGGCGGAGUUUGAGGGAUUGCGAGAUGGUGUGGAAGUGGAGGUGAGCGGAGCGAAGCAGGAAGUGGUAAAUUUGAUCAAGCAUGAUGUGGCGACUUUGAAGGAGUCUGUGGAGGAAGGGAUGAAGUUGAAGGUUGAUCGAGAGGAGGUUGAGCUGAGGGAAAGAGAUACCCUACAGCCAUUGGAAGCACGCGUGGUAGAGGUGGAGGAAUUGAUCCGAAAUAUGUCUAAGGAGUCACCACCUGAUGAUGGUAUGGGGUUUGCCGGAGUAUCGAGUUCAGAUGGUAGCAGUAGAGCUACUAGCCCGAGGGAGGUGAUAGAAGGAAAGUUGAGUGAGGUGAUGAAUGCGCUCGAAUUGCAUAAAUUGUAUCAACAAUUGGAGGCGACUAAGGCGGACAGGGCGGAGAUGGACGGCACGGUUUUGGAGACCCAGAAUCAUUUGAGGCAACUGGAUGCAUCUAUUGGGGGUAAGGUGGAGUUGCUCACGACUCAGUUGAGGGAGGUGGAGGAGAAGGCACGCAAGUUGGAGGGAUGUUAUGCAACAACGGAAACGAGUUUGGGUGAGCAGAAAGAGGCGAUGGCGAAGCUGAAUGAUACAUUGACGAAGUUGGCCGAGUUCACACAGGACCUCAUAGAUCGGUUCGUUGGAGAGGGGAGUUCGAACGAUAAUGAAGGCCCGUCUAGUUUGAGCUACAUGGUUCGUACUGGUGGAGGUUUUGAACCGAGGCAUUUUGUCACUCUUGGAGCUAGUGGACAAGAAGAACCAGUCUUUAGUAUUCCGGGAGUGGAUGGUGGAGAGUCGCGGAUUGAUCGGUCGAACGAGGUCAAGGUCUCGAGUAUUCCGCACGCCUCCAUCAGGAGGGAAUAUUCGGGAGUUGAUACAGCCGGCUGGGGCAGCGGUGACGACUCCGGUAUGGUACCUAACCCUAGCAAUUUACUUUCAUUAAGAGAGCAAUUCCAGUAUAGGUCUGUUACCAGGAUAACAACGAUGCAUAAUAAGGAGGUCUCGGACGAUGAUACGGAUCCAACUGGUUGGAUGCUGUGGCCCGCGGCUCGAUGCUUCGCUGAUUAUUUGUCGCUGCGCCCGGAAAUUGUUCGUGGGAAGGAUGCCUUGGAGCUCGGCAGCGGUACUGGUUUCGCGGGAAUAGUGAGUUAUAUGAUGGGUGCGAAGUCAGUGACUUUGACGGACCUUCCGGAAGGGCUAGAACGGUUACAUGAGAGUUGUCGGUGUAACGGCGUUGAGGAAAUUCAAGUGUGUGCUUGUCCUUGGGGAGAUAUGAAGGCGGUUGAAGACCUACCUGAGAAGCAGUAUGAUGUGGUGCUCUGUUGUGAGGUGUUGUAUAAGCAGGGCGAGGAAGUGUAUGAAGCUUUGAUGAAGACUAUUAAGGAGACUGUCAAGCCUGGAGGGAAGAUCCUUGUGGUAUACGAGUAUAGAGGGUCGAUGUUGGAAGAUCAAUCCAUGUUUGAUAUGCUCUUUGAGGAGUAUCCUGAGGGGCAUAUGGAGGUGUUGGAGGAAGGAGAUGAGGAUGAGGAGGAUGCUGAGAGACGACUGUUAUAUAUAUUCCCUGUUCCUAAGAAGAAGAUGAAGUGA